UUCAAAUGGUCGAUGUUUGGUUAGAAGCCGUUACUUAUUUUUAUUUUAUUCCUAGUUAUCUGUUUGUAAGUUUCUGAAUCCUAAAAAAUAAGAAAUGACGAUGUCGAAAGUGACUAAAAAGCAAUUAAAAAUAACGAAGUUGUUUCGCAAAGGAUACAAACGUCCCAGAAUUUUCAAGGAAAACGAUGAAAACAGUGAGUUACAGCAGGAGGUGGCGGAAUUAGAGCGAAAGCUUCGAGAAAAACAAGAUUACCUUUUCCAAAUCCAGAGGGCGAGCUACCGGCACUCUGUUGUGGUACCAAAGAAAAUUGAGGAUAAUGAUGUUGCUAUCACUAAAUCAAUAAUCGUACAAAAACGUAUAGACGGAUGGCAGAAGACCCUGGACCUGACAGCGAUGCUGACAGGUAUGGAGGUGGAGUCAUACGGCCGGGACCACUGCACCGUCAUAUUCCACAUGCAGCUUGACAGGGAGGUGGAUGUCAAACAUGGAGUCACCAUAUCCAAAGUUGAUGGUGAGCACAAGAUCACAGGCUGCUCUCUGCCCCUCGGCUUCAACCUAAAGGCAAUGUUGGACGGCUGCAACAAUGAGGUUUCACUGAAAACCUUUGAUGUCAUCAGGAAGGCACUCACUGCAUACUAUGCGAGACUUGAACAGUAUGAAGAUCUGAAGGUGUUCCUAAGUGUAGACGCAUCUCUUUUCAAGCUGAUGGACGGCACACAGAUGGAGAUUACGUUCGUCGUCAGAAACGAACUGGAGGAAGAUAGCGAAACCACCGAGAGCAUAACAUUCAUACUGCACUACACUAUGUAUGACAUCCGGCCUAGGGACUAUUCGUUCAAAGGUUUAUCGGAUAAGCCUCAAGAAACGCUGCGUGAACAGUUCAUGUUGUUCAAGAAGUAUCAUCUGACCAAAGCCUUCAAACUGGCCUUCAUUGACGGAGAGGGGUCAUACAAACUGGUCAGACAUCUCGACAAUCCGCUGAACGAGCCCCGCCGCAAGCGUCCCUUGCCUAAAGCUAACGCGAAUCCAGCACAUGACGACACUUUUCACGUCGAGGACUGCUCCGAGUCAAGCGGAGACGAAAAUGAAAAUUGUUAAAUUGUAGACCUACUCGUGUACCUAUAAUACUAGCAAACUAAAAUAUAUCUCUCAAUCUGCGUUUUCACAUAGUGGUCUGAACAGUUCUGAGCUAGCAUUCGUUUGUUCGUGCGCAAAUGAAAACAAUUGAAUGCCAUACACAGCAAAAAGUGUGCAGCAAAAAGGAGUGUACAAGUUUCUAAUGGGUUGGCAACGUGCACGUGACACUUCUUGAGUUGCAGGCGUCCAUAGGUUACGGUGACCGCUUUCCAUCGGGCGGACCGUAUGCUUGUUUGCCACCGACGUAGUAUAUAAAAAAAUCGGUGCAUGAACGAACGAAUGCUCGCUCAGAACAGUGCUUCAGAGUCUUACACACUCUGCCUACGACCAAUGUAAAUGAGAAGUUUUACAAUUCCGGUCGUCAAUUUGGUUUGCGUCUACUACUUAUCUUUUAAAGCGUCGGUGUUCAGUCAGCGCUAUAGAAAAUGGCGUCGCUGUAGCCUUCGGAUGUAGAUCCGAUAUCGGAUCGGAUAAUGUGAAAACGCUCUCAGAGUUGACUAAACACCGUUCGUAUAUAGUGUUUAUGUAUAAAAUACCACCGAAAAUAAAUAAGAAAAUAGGAUUAAUAUUUAAAUUCAGUUUUAUUAACAAACACCUUAUGAGAAAUGUCCCGGAAAAAUGGCCGUCGGGUCAAAAUUUUUAUUUGCGUCUUCAUCUCUACACUACAAAAACACUAAUAUAUACGCCGCACGACUCAAACAUUAAAAUGAUUUAUGACAACUCUAGAAAACUAUUGUGUACCUACCUACGUAUGUAACAAUAAAUCAAUAACUGACGUCAAUGAGUAACUACUGGCGCCAUCGCCUAAAAGGUUAAUAACCAAUGUAACGAAGCCUCGUACGUACAUAGGUUACUACUAGCAGAUCUGCUUACGUGAGUUGCAUUCUCACGCGAGACCGCAAUAGGUACAUGCUAGCAAGUCUCCAUAGUCGUACUCAAAAAUGUAACCAAAACUCAUCAGAAAGAAGCGUUGGCGUUGAUGGGAAUCUGGUUAUUCUAAUCUCUGUAGACAAUUUAACACCCUACACCAGCAGGGUUAGCACAUGAUUGCGAGUGGACUACCCGUCCUUAUGUCAUUAAUACAGUUAGAAAAAGACGUGUGAUCUAUCUCGCGGCGACAUACUCCCGCGGCAAUCAUGUGCUAGGCCUACAGGGGCGGCGCACUCCGCGAUUAUUUCGCAUUCGCGGUCCAUUCAGUGGUGACGACCUUCGCGCGGCGCAAUAGAACUCAAUGUCGGCUGUUCGCGUGCGGUAAGCAUUAUGAAAGGCGGCAUUUUGUGAACAUCAAAUCAGUGAUCCUUCUGUACUUAUACUAUUAUAAUAUUCUGUGCGAUUACGCACGUGGAGUUAGUACCUAUUUGCCUUCC